AGUGCCAGUUUUUUGGACCCCCGGCCUGAUCGCUGCAGGACUUGUGCUGUGGUGGGGAACUCUGAUAAUCUGAAGGGCUCCCACUAUGGACCCCUGAUCGAUAUCAAUGAUGUCGUCAUCAGAAUGAAUGCAGCUCGCACCAAAGGAUUUGAGGCUGAUGUGGGGAGCAGAACAACGCUUCACGCCAUGUAUCCAGAGAGUGCAGUGGAUUUGGCCAACACGACCCAUCUGGUGCUGUUUCCUUACAAGACGCUGGAUAUCCAAUGGCUCAUAAGUGCCUUCACCACAGGAUCUAUUACUUUAACAUACACACGUGUAAGAGCAAGGAUAAAAGCCAACAAAGACUUGGUAAUGGUGCUCAACCCAGCUUUUAUUAAGUAUGUUCAUGACAUCUGGUUGGAAAAGCAUGGCAAAUAUCCAUCCACUGGCAUUCUGGCACUAAUACUUAGCCUACACAUUUGUGAUGAGGUCAAUGUGUUCGGGUACGGAGCAGACAAAGAAGGAUACUGGAACCACUAUUGGGAAGUAAUCGAAAGCAAACAUCACAGAAGUUUUCAGCACAAUAGGAACUAUGAGUAUAAUCUUAUCGAGGAACUCUCUGAGCAAGGAAAACUCCAGAUGUUCAGGGGACGAUGA